UAAAAAUAAUUUUUGGGAAGUGGCCAGUUCUUUUGUCAUGACCAGUUUGCAAUCAAAAGAGGACUGUCGAACUAAUGACCCAAAUAAUGCAUUUAAUAUGGAUGCUGAAUCAUCAUUGCCUUUACCACUGGAUAGAUCUAUGUGUAUAGUGUUUACUGGACAUUUUAACGGGGUUGGUGUAGAGGUUAGGUCCAUAGAUGAGAUGGCCCUGCUGCAUCAUAUGGGUUGUUUUGGUAAAGGAUCUGCUUCUAGGUCUAGACCAAAUGUUGUACAAAAUGAUGGUAAUCCAUCUAUCAUGCGUAAAAGACAAUUCUCGAAGAGAAACUAUUGGUAUAAAAAAUUUGGAAAGUCACAACAAUCCGAUGAAACAGAUUUAUUUCUUAAAGGAGUUAAUGACCUAAUUGCUAAAAUUCUUCAAGAUACUAAGAAACAAGUAGGAAAAGAUGUAAUUGAUUUGGUUUCGAGUAAUGAUGAGGAGGAUGAUAUUGAAGACACUGAAGACUUAGACAAUUCACAUAAAUUUGAUACUAAUGAUAAACAAAACUUAGCAGUCAUCGUACCCAACAGUGAUUCAGAAGAUGAAAAUUAUUUUGCUAACAUAAGACCUAAAUGUUGUGUAGAUAAAAUUUUAUUACAGGAAAAGCUCAUGCUAUCCUUAGAGGAAGCUUUUUUCUUACAAUAUGGACUUGGUUGUUUACAAAUUAUAAAUAAUGAUAAUAAAAUACAAAAUAUUGAAGAAUGCUGGAAAAUUUUCAGUGAAAAUGAUCAGCAUUUUGUUGAGAAAUAUGUGGUUUAUCAUUACUUUCGUUCCAAAGGCUAUGUUGUAAAACCUGGAAUAAAGUUUGGGGGAGACUAUUUAUUGUACAAAGACAGUCCGGAAGUUAACCAUUCUGAGUACAUCAUUGUUAUUAAUUUUGGAAAUGAUGUUUCUAAUUGGAUAUCUUUACUUGGUCAUGUUCGGAUGGCUACAACCACACUCAAGGAAGUGAUGAUAGUAGAAGUGUUGAAAUCAAGUAAAGAAAAUAUAAAGUUACCUCGAGAUCUAAGUGAAUUUAGCGUAAGAGAAUUAAUCAUAUCUAGAAAAACACCACUUUUAACAAAUGAUGACACAGAAGAUAUGGACUAAUGUAUUUAUUUUUUAAAUCUUAAUAAUUAAUAAAGUUUUCAAUUUUUUGAUUU